CGACAGCCGUGAUAAACAUUGGCGCGAAUUUGUCGUGUUUGGUCGCGGAGAAAAAGUCGUCUGUCGCUCCAACUCGUAGCAGACAGUGCUUAUCAAGAUGAUGCGGAAAAGACGAGGCUCAUCUGUGGAUAUUGGCGAGAAACAAGCCCCUUCCUCCACUAAGGCAAAGAAGAGCCGCACCAUUGGUCGCCAGUCUGAGGUGUCUGCUCCAGAAGAGACAGCUGAAAGUGUAUUCAGUACGUUUGUGCGAGAGGCAGGCGUCACAUUGAGUCACGGCAGCGCCUCCAAUGAGAUUGCUGUUGACCAGGUGGUGUUUCAAAAAAGGAUCAAGCAAAAGCUACAGAAGAGUCCCAGGUACCCCGGUAUUGUGCAGGAAUUCAUCAGUGGACUGGAAUCUCAUAUUGAGGAUGCAGACAGAUUUAGGAAUUGCCUCCUCCCUUGUGUUCCAAGAAUGCCCGAUGGCGACUUCAGGUGUGUCAGCUCCUUCCAGGAAAGCCUGCUGCGCAUGCUGCUUGGCAUUGAGAUGCUUCAGACUCUUAUCAUUAACACGUUGCUUGAGAAACUGCCUGAAUAUAUGCUCAACAGUGCUGACGAUGCCGGGCUCAGUAUUCCACGCAUUAUCAUCAACCAGCUCAAGUGGCUUGACAGAGUGGUGGAAAGCAAGGAGCUGGCGGUCAAGCUCAUGGAGCUGCUGUCAGUGGCACCGGUGGACAUCCAGCGUGAUAUCAUCAACAGCCUGCCAGAGAUACUGGAGGACUCACAGCAUAAUGAUAUAGCCAGGGAGCUGAAUUCUUUGCUGAAGGAGAACACUCAGUUGACUGUGGCUAUCUUGGAUGCCCUCGCAAGUCUGAACCUCAGCUCCUCAUUACUGACUGAGGUUCGUGGGGCCGUUAUGAACACCUUGGCUGCUGUGCAACUGGAAGAUCUACCUGCGGUGGUCAAAUUUAUUCUGCAUUCCAUUUCGGCGUCUGAUGCGUACGAGGUGGUGUGUGGGCUUCGUAAGAAAUUAGAACUAGAGCAGUGUGUUCUCCCUCCUGUGAUGCAAGCGUCCCAGAACCGCCUAAGCAAAGGAUCAGCGGCGUUCAACUUGACUACAGCAACCACUGGCAGCCAGGAUUUCAUUACCCUGAUUGUGGAUGCCAUUAAAUCAGCUGUGCGGUUCCAGAAGACAAUAUCUGAGGCGUGGCUCAAGGCAAUCGAGUCUGUGGAAGAAGUGGAGGAGCACAAGGUGAUAGAUCUGCUGGUGCUGUUCAUCUUGCACUCCACCAACGCUAACCAGAGUCGGCGGGGUGCCGAGAAGUUGCUGAAAAUGAAAGUGAGGACUGGCCUGAUCUCUGAGGCGCUGCUGCAGAAGACCUUUAAGGACAACAAGCAGGUCCUGCGGGGGUAUUUCUCCUCCAUCCUUGCCCUGGCUCAGAGUUUGUUGCGCUCCCCAGACCCCUGCGUUGUCCCGUUUGCUGGACACAUGUAUCGGCAUUCCUUCACGUCUUUUGAUACUUACUGCCAGCAGGAGGUUGUGGGCUCUUUGGUGACCCACGUGUGCAGUGGUGUCGGCGUCGAGGUAGACAUGGCCCUGGAGCUGCUCUGCAGUCUGGUUACUGAACUGCCUGCCGAAAUAGGGCCGUAUGCUGUUUUUGUCAAGGGAAUUUUGGACUACCUAGACAAUCUCACACCUCAGCAAAUUCGCAGACUUUUCCAUCUGUUGAGCAGACUUGCAUUUGGACCACAACAAGGCUCACACAUUCAGGACGACAUGCACAUUGUAAUCCGCAAACAACUCUCCAGCACUGCGCCCAAGUACAAGGGCAUCGGCAUAAUCGGUGGCGUUAUGAUCAUAGGCAGCAUGGGGGCACUCGUACCUAAAGCCAAAGCUUCUCAGACCACCUCGUUACCACCAGAGACAUUCAGACAAUUGUCAGCCCUGUUGGAGUUGGUGCAGUCCAGUAGUGAGACUUCACCUGAAGCUGCAGCUCUGUACUGUGACGAGCUGGCCAAUCUGAUUCAAACCUCCACUCUGGACCCACAAGUGCAGGAGAAGAUCAGCAAGAGAGUCUUAGAUGUCUUCCAGGGUAACUUUGUGGUGGAUCUGGGACCAGAAAGAUCAGGGUCCUUCCCCUUCCCGGCCCGUGUCAUGUACGAUCUGGAUGAGGACGAGAGUCAAGGAGGCAUUGCCAUCAACUUGAUGCCUCUGCUGGCCAAUGACAUGCACAGCAGGGCGGAGCAGCACAGUCGAGACAAGGACAACAAGAGUUCUCUCUGUUUGUCUCCAUUUUUCCGGCUGUUGCGGUUUUGUGAGGAGAAACAGAACCAAGGCGACUUAGAGGAGAUUGAUGCCUUACUGGGCUGCCCUCUCAUCCUAACAGACAUGGAUGUUGUAGAAAAAAUAGACAGCCUGUCCAAAGUGGAGAGGGAGUUCAUUUGCACUCUGCUAUUUCACACCAUCAACUGGUUCAGAGAGGUGGUAAAUGCCUUUUGCAAGAUCAAGGACAAAGAGAUGAAGAUGAAAGUGAUGACCCGUCUGCAGAACAUCACCUACCUUCACACCCUGUUGGAGAAGGCUUUGGCCGGAACUCCUGGAUAUGUUCCACCUGUUGCUAACUUUGAUGGAGAGACCACAGAUGUGAUUGUACCUAGCACUACCGCUCCUGUGAAUAAGACAAAGAAAGAUGGCUCUGGAAAGAAGAGGAAGGCGCCUGGGAAGAAUUCCUCAGAAGGCAGCUCUCAGAUAGAGGACAAGAUAGAAGAGGAAAUGCAGCAGGAGCCAGAGAAGGAGAAAGAGAAGGAGGCCCGGCAAGGAGUCAACCUGGCAUCCUACAGGCCAUUUUUCAGGGAGCUCGACUUGGAGAUACUCAGUGUGCUGCAGUGUGGCUUGAAGGCCCGCUCAACGCUGGACUCUGAACUCAACACCAAGGAGCGACAGGAAGUUCUUUUAGGUCCGGCAGAGCUGGUUUACCUGCUGGAAGAUAUGCUUCGCAAACUGGAGUUUCGUCUGACAGCUGCUCCUGCCAAGAGAGUGCCAUUCCUCAAGGCAAGGGCUGACAAGACCAUGGGCUUCUCCCACCUACAACAAAAGAGCCCCAAGGAUGUGGCUUCAUUCUGCAUCCAGAUGCUGCCUGCCCUCUGCUCACACUUGGAGAGCUGUCACAACCAUUUUCAGUCAUUGCUCUCGGACAACGACGGUAUUGUGGAUGGGCCGGGCACAGAUGCUCAGGAGCACCAGAUAAUAUCUUUUUGCUAUCAGCUUCUCCUGCAGUUGUUCAACUCCAUUUUAAGAUGGUCUGGAUUCAGCCAGCCCUGCCAUCGGAGUUUACUGAAGAACGCUUUGGGAGUCUUUGCAGGACGACUGAAAGACGGAGGAGAUGAGCUGAACCUGGAGCUUCUUGUUAAACACAGCUUUAAAUACCUGCUGAACUUCCGCAGCACCAUUCCGAAUCUCAGCUCAGCUCUGUCUCUCUCUCAGCUGUUGACCACUGUGUCUGAGAAAGGAGGCAACGCUCCUGCUUAUAGGGAGCAGACUGCUUCUCUUGCACGGAGCUUCCUGAGCCAGUCGUGGGUGACAGUCAGUGGUGAGAAGCAACGAGGGACCAAAUUCAAUGAAGCACUUCAUGCUGUCCUUAGCAUUUACCUGGAGCAUGUGGAGGAUGUUCUGAAGGCGGUUGAGGAAAUAGCUAAUGAAGGCUUCCCUCAGAUCAUUGACGCAUCGAAAGAUGAGAGCUCUGCCUCUUGGCCGACCCUCAGCAGGCAGACGUUCCUGGUCUUCUAUAAAGUUUUGAUGGCAGAGCUGGAAAAAUCAGUGCGGAAGAUUCCAUCAGGCAAAAUCAGUGACAACAGCGAGGCUCAGAGUGAGAAGCUGCUGACAUGGAACCUGGCAGUCCGGGACUUUCAUAUCCUGGUCAACCUAGUAAAGGUGUUUGACUCAAGGCCUGUCCUUAAUGUGUGCCUUAAGUACGGGCGUCUUUUCUUGGAGUCUUUCCUGAAGUUGGGGAUGCCGCUGCUCGAUUACAGUUUCAAAAGGCACAAGGAGGACGUCCAGAACCUGUUGAAGACCUUUCAGCUCAGCACCCGGCAGCUCCAUCACAUGUGUGGACACUCCAAGAUUCACCAGGACACAAAUUUGACCAACCACGUGCCUGCCGUGAAGAAGAGUCUCGAGCUGUUUGUCUACAGAGUGAAGGCCAUGCUCACGCUGAACAACUGUCAGGAGGCCUUUUGGAUGGGCAACCUCAAGAAUCGCAACCUGAAGGGUGAAGAGAUACUUUCUCAAAGGUCACAAGAAAGUGAGGAGGAAGACGAAGAACAACUGGCUCCGCAGGGCCAAUUCGAGGAAGAGGAGCAAGACAGCGACGCUGAGACAAAAAGGAAGAGCAACAGAGAGGAGAGUGGCGAUGAUGGUCAAACAGAUGAUUCUGAAAUAUACUGAUACCUCAACAAAACUAUUCAACCCAUUUUACAACAUAAAACUGCACGACUGACUCGCAUACACGCAAACAAAAGUCCAUCCAUACAUUUUUUUUGUGCCAUUUAUUAGAGUUGUGGGUGAGAUGCAGCCUAUCCCAGGGUGACACCCUGGGGUGGUCGCCAGCCAAUCGCAGUCACAUUCGCACUUAUGCACAAUUUAGUCUGAAAUGCUUGUUUAUAGAAUAUGGGAGCACGCUGAAGUAAUGACAAAAGCCGACGCAAACAAGGAGAGAACAUGCAAGCUCCACACAGGAAGGCCACAGCCUAUAUUUGAAGCCCGAAGCUCAGAACUGUGAGACAGAUGUGCUAACCACUAGGCUAUAUCACCAUGUUGUCCAAAGCAAUUGUUCACAUCAAUAAUGGAAAGUGCAUUCAUAUUUAUAGUUUACAGUAAAAACUCUUCGAGAUAAAUUCAAGAUACUGUUGACAAUGUCAGUUUUAUCAUUUUGUUCAAAAAAUAUAUUUUAAGUUUUUGCCCAAAUAAAAUGUUGUUUCUCUUGUGA